GCCCUGAAACCACCUCUGGUUUCCCUUACGGGAGGUUGGGCGCAGCUGCUCAGGGAGGGGGAGGGGGAAAUGAGGAAGGCGCUCUAUACAUGCGCUGGGGCACGCUCGUCCGCGAGGGUGAACUUUGCGGAUUCUCGGCGCUGGCACAGUACUGUAUAAGGGGGAUCUCCAAGCGAGCCCUUCUUCGGACCCUGAGCCCUUUCAGCUCUCAACGGUAUUCAUUUUGUUGCAUUUGUACCCCGCCGUUGGCGGCGGGCGAGUUUCUCUUCCUCCUCCUCGUUUUAUCCCCGCAACAACCCCGUGAGGUGGGGUAGGCUGAGAGAGGAAGUGUGACUGUCGCGCAACGCCACCCAAGUGAGUGGCUGGAGACGGGGAUUUAAACCCUGGUCGCAAUAUUUGCCGGGCGUCAAUAGUCGGGGCUCUGCAGGACAUUAAGCACCCACUUCCAGGCCUGGUAUUUGAGAUCUUUCCCCACCAUAACUGGGUAUACUGGGGCCCAUCUGGACACCUUCGCCUGCAGAAGGUCACUUGCUCUCUAACACUGAACCUUAGCCUUUCCGUAGCUUCUUCCACAGCAUCUCACACCACGUUUUGGAUAUCUUCCAAGUUCUCUCCAUCACUCUCUGCAGUUAGCUUCCUGCGUGCUCAGAAGCCCUCACUGUUAGUUUUAGUUGGUCCACCCAUCGCAUAGGUGCUCAUAGAAUUGUAGAGUUGGGUUAUCUGGUGCAAUGCAGGAAUCCUGCCCACAGCCAUCCCUGGGUUCGCUCGAACCACCAACCACCUGGUUAACACCAUUGACCCAUUGCACCACAGAGGGCCAUCCCCUGGUCUUUCAAAAUUGCAGCGUCCCCAUGCUGGCGCUGCUUCACUCUCCCACCAUCUCUUUGCCAAAUAAAUGCCCUACAAAUGUCUGUAAGGACAUGGGAAGAAUCUGCUGGGUCAGGCCAGCAGCCCUUAUAAAUGUAAGGAACUGCAGAAAGAGGGAGGAGGGAGUCGAAAUAGAAAAUGGUUAAACUAGCUAUGGUUAAACUAUGGUUGUUGUUGUUGUUUAGUCAUUUAGUUGUGUCCGACUCUUCGUGACCCCAUGGACCAAAGCACGCCAGGCACUCCUGUCUUCCACUGCCUCCCGCAGUUUGGUCAGACUCAUGUUGGUGGUUUCGAGAACACUGUCCAGCCAUCUCUUCCUCUGUCGUCCCCUUCUCCUUGUGCCCUCAAUCUUUCCCAACAUCAGGGUCUUUUCCAAGGAGUCUUCUCUUCUCAUGAGGUGGCCAAAGUAUUGGAGCCUCAGCUUCACGAUCUGUCCUUCCAGUGAGCGCUCAGGGCUGAUUUCCUUCAGAAUGGAUAGGUUUGAUCUGGGUAUAAAUUCAAUAAAUGAAUGGAUUAAAAAUUAAAAGAAAAAGGCCAGUGGCUCAUUUAUUCCAGCAUCCUCUUAUCGCAGUCGGCAACCAGAUAGAUGUCUGUGGGAAACCAGUGAGCAGAACAUUAGCACGAGAGUGCUUUCAUCUCCUGUGGUUUCCAGUAACUAGAAUUCAGGGCCAUGCCUGUAGGGUCCUGGUGUUUUAUUCUUGCAGUCAGUCUGGCUGAGAGUGACUACAACUCCUAUCAGCCUUAACCAUGGGCCAUGCUAUGCUGUUGGAAACUGGAGUCCAACAACAUCUGGAGAGCCACAAGAUAGCCACUGUAGCUCUUGUAAGUAAGUGUGCAUAAGGUUGGCUCAUGGAUCCAUGCUCUAAUUAUAAUAGCUGGGAGCUAUGCUCCCUUUGACUCCUUUCUGGAAUCUCUCAGAUUGUAUGGUCAGACUACUAAAAAUCCUCAGACUCCGACCUCUUUCUUUGUACUGUAUUGUCUCCAUGCUUUCAGGGGCUCGCUUGAGUGCUUUUGCAGAAUGAAUAAUUCUGAUUAGUUUUUCUCCUCUACCCCGUCUUGUAAGUCUCCAGUUUCGUAUUCCAGGAGAGAAGCUUGGUAACAGUGUUGCAUAGGGACCAGCUGAGCAACAUACGGAAACUAAGCAUUUAUCAUUUAAAUUGGACUCAGGUUGUGGGUGUGCACAAUAAGCCAUAAAAGAUGCAUGUGCUGCCCUCUGCCAUGUGGCCUAAGCCAUUCACUGAGGGUGUGUAGGAGGCAGGCAAAGGAGUAGAAACAUAGCUACAGUGAAAGCGUGAUCAUGGCAGCUCACUUGUAGCCAUGCCCUAUUUGACGACAUGAUCCCGUUGUUUAAUUGCAACCAUACUUGCAAAUCAGACGAACUAAGAGGGGCUUAGUACCCUGUUCAUUCACAUGUACCUCAUUAGUAGUCCAAAAGAAAGAACUACCAACUUUUUGUAACUCUUCUGUGCCUGAUCACCUAGACUAGACACUUGCUUAUCAGAGGCUAUCAGAUUUGGCCACCUACAAGCCGACUCAGAAUCAAUCUGAAGUUGUUUGGACACUUCUGAGCAGGCAGGGCUGAGGGACACAGUCAUAGCAUGGGUCGAGUUUGUUGAUUGCAUUUCCCCCCUCACCGGGAACUCAGGAUAAUGUUCCUGGCCAGCUCUUAUCUCUGAUUACCUUUCUAUCUUGCCUUUCCUCCGAGGAGCUCAAAAUUCUAUACAUAAUCUCACUCAUAAUCUCAAUCAUAUCCUGCAAAAUCCACUUACUGGGAAAGUAAUUUCUGUUGAACUUGGCGGCACUUCAGUCAAAGUAAACUUGAAGAGAGUUGAAGUGCAAGUUUCCUGGAUAGCUCAGUUGGUUAGAGCGUGGUGCGGGUAGUGCCAAGGUUGCAGGUUCGAUUCCCGUAAGGGACACCUGCCGUAUCCUGCAUUGCAGGGGGUUGACUGGGUGGUCCUCCAGGUCCCUUCCAACUCUAUGAUUCUAAAUAUUCUCCAUGACCCUAGUCUGCCACUGAAACCACAGUGCCAUACUUGCUUGGUGUUUUCUGUCAUGCUACUCCUGUUGACUGUUUGGUGAACUCUUAGGUUUUCCUAAAGACCUGCUUCGUCAUCAAAGGCUUUUUGGACACUCACUCUAAUUGCACUCUGAAAACUCAGAUUGGUCUUUCUGGACGGAUGAGGCAUCCUCUGUGUCUAUUAGACAGCUCAACUGACCAUUUUUCCACCUCUUUCCAGGGUGCUGCUUUCCGUACAAGUCACAGGUCCCCAUCCUUCACAGAUGGGCUUUCAGCAGCAUCGUAUACGGAGUACCCUAGGCACAAACCUUUCAUUAACGCUGACUUGCGACGACCUCCUGCCAAGCCAGUAAUUGCAUAUCCAGAGAGUAACAGCAGAGCUUUGUUGUUGUUGUUAGCAAUAUUCUCAGCUCUGAAGAACCUGCAAGAGAAAAUACGGCAGCUGGAGCUGGAACGGAUUCAAGCAGAGGAGAGUGUGAAAUCUCUGGCCAAGGAAACCUCAGACUAUAAGAAAGUGCUGAGCGAACAGCUGAUGGAAAAAGAGCAGACAAAGUCUGAGGUGUCCAGGAAAAACGAAGAGUUGGAAGCUCAGCUGGCAGGUGCCGAGACUCGCUGCCGCCUUCUGGAAAAGCAGCUGGAUUACAUGAAACAAAUGAUUGCACAGGCAGAACUCGAAAAGACCACUGUCUUGCAGAAACAGGCCACAUUAGAAAGAGAGAGAAUCCUUGAUCAAUCGCAUGUGACAUCUAAAUUGGAAAGGUUGGAUCUGCUUGAGAAAGAAUAUGAAAGGCUUACGUCUAUGCAGUCUCAUGCAGAGAAAAAAAUGAAAGAGCUGGAAGAGAAGCUCCUGGAGGAAGAACAAGCGCGGAAAAGGGUGCAGGAAAAAGCGGCAGAGCUUCAGACUGGUUUGGAGAAGAACAGACAGUUGCUGGAAGCACAAACGCAGCCUGUGAUGUUGACGGAGCCUUUGAAACCAAAGAAGAUCAAGAAGAAAGCAAAGCAGAUGGAAAAGAAUGACCCUGGAAUGGUUCACUGCCACGCACAGCCUCACUAUAGGCUGCGGCUGGGGGAUGUGCCUUUUGUCGCUGGAAAGUCCACAAGCCCCAGCCACUCUGUGGGAGCCAACGUCCAGCAUGUGCUGCACCUGAUGAAGCAUCAUUCGAAAGCCCUUUGCAAUGAGCGCGUGGUCAGCAGUGUCCCCUUGAGCAAGCCGAUGGGCAGAGGAAGGAGGAAUUCCAGCUCUUCCAUUUCUUCCACGUCCCAGGGAGACCUUUCCGAGGUGCUGUUGACGUUACAAGACGAACUCGGGCAGAUGAGCUUCGAUCACCAGCAGCUGGUAAAACUCAUCCAUGAGGCUCCAACGAUUGCCGUAAGAGAAGACCUGGAGGGGGAGCUGGAAGUGCUGGUGAAGAAGAUGGAAGCCAAGGCAGAACAGAUUUGUAAAAUCCAGAGGCAUCGGGCGCGGCUGGCGAAGCAGAAGAGGGAAGGCAGGCUCUCUUGUCCUCAGCAGCCAAGCAGAAGCUGCGAAGCGAAAACGAAGGUCAACCGGGUGAAAGACGCCGGCCUGAAGAGGAGACCUGGAGAGCAGGGCAAGAAGAGCCUGCAGUUGCUGAGGGAAAUGCAAAGCAUACAGACCUCCCUUCAGAAAGAUGACAACAGUUGGGACCGCUGAGGCGUCUUGCGUGUGUGAUUUGUCGUUGUUUUUUGCACCUUUUCUGGCUUGCUGGCUCCAAUCUCAGCUGCCUUCCUUGCCGGGCAAGACUCCGGCUUUGCUGCACUUUCUCAACGAAAGCCCCUCAUUCCCCACCUGUGGGCCUGAUCAGAUUACAGCCCCUAAUCCUGAUGCAGGAGGUGGGGAGGGAAGAAAUAAGAUAACCCUUAUUAUUCUUGUAGCACGUUACCAAUCCCUUUGCUGUGAACCAUGGUAUUCUUCUUUCCCUACAACUCAGGCAAUUAAUCUAAUUAAUUGCUCACCAGGGGUGACUCUUUUCUAAGCCUAGAGGCAGACAAUAGUGAUUUUCUCCCCGCCCCCCCCAACAGAAGAUGGUACAAUGGAGGCAUAGUUGUCUCUGUUAUGCAGUUUUUGCAGGCCUUUGCCCUGCUUCAAAAAUGUCCACUGCUGUCUUGACCAGUGGGGCGAAAGACACACAAAGGUGUUAUUACAUUACCUUUCAACUCUCCUAAAAUGCAUUUGUCUUCAGCCUUAAACUGCUCCCUCCCCUGCAUUUUUUUUUAAAAAAAUUGCUUUAUGUGUGGUGUUGGGUGUUUUCCACUUCAGAUGUUCAAACGUUCUCAGUAAGAUGUUCUCAUUUCGAAAUAUGGAAGUUUUGUAAAGAGCGACCUCUUUAAUAUUCAGUUGACUACCUAAAGGCUUUUACCUCAGCUUAUAAUUAAGGACAUUUCCUUCAGAGUUUUUCCAUCCUUGGAAUCUUAAUAAUGUGGUUUCAAAGAGGAACUGAACAGCUGUUUGUAUCUUCUCUCUUGGUUUUUUUUCUCCUUGCAGAAGAGUGAAGUCAAUGUGUUUCUUUUUAAAAACAAACAAACAAACAAACAAACAAACAAAAAAGCACCCCCGGUCAUGGCUGUUCUGGUAUUGGCAGCUGGUUUUUAGCUUGGCUUUUAAUAAUUUUAUCCUUCACUGGGCUAGGAGAUCUGGUGGCUGUUGUGGUCCUAUGGAUUUUUAUAAAAACACACACGCACAGAGAUAUAUUAUUUAUUACAUUAAUAAUGUAAAGUCUUUCCAAUGAUUGGAAUGUAAUGACUCAAAAAUUGUGCCUUUUGAGGUUUGAUUAGGAUCCAAUAAAGGCAACUUGCCAAUUGAAUAAAUGAGGCGGAAAACGGCUUCUCUUGAACUUUUCCACUUUACAAGUACUAGUGCAAUGCAGGGAUGCAUAUGCUCUAAAUUGGGUCAGCAAACUUUUUCAGCAGGGGGCUGGUCCCUCAGAC